AGCAUAUGGGCAGAACAGACAGGAGAAGGAGGCAGAGAUUGUGUGAAAGGCAAACAAGAGGCUUGUCUGGGUGUGGACGUAAAAGAGGGCUGGGUAUAAGUGGGUGUGGGAGUUUGUUUCUUAUGCUUGUGCAUUUAGACUCGCAGCCUGGAAUUAGGAUCACUGACAGCAGGAGGAAAAGGACGUGGAAGAGACACGCAGCCGUCUAACAAAAAGUCAUCAUGCUGGUUCUCAUCGCUCUCUCGAUUCUUCACAUCGCAGCCAUCAUCCUGCUGCUGGUGGCCACCAUUGACAAUGCCUGGUGGGUAAGUCCUACCAUGAGCACCGAUGUGUGGGGGCGCUGGGUAUUGACAAACAACAAGUGGAACUUGACCGAUCUCCCAAGCAACUAUGAAACAGACUACCUCCAGGCAGUGCAGGCCACCUCCGUGCUCGCCUGCAUUUUCUCCAUCAUCGCCCUGUUCGUGUUUAUCGCUGAGCUCUUCACCCUCCCGAAGGGAAGGAGGUUCACCAUCUCUGGGGUCUUUCAAGUCCUCGCCUGCCUGUUCAUCAUGAUCGCAGCGUCCAUCUACACGGACCGUUUCCACGUCAACGAGAAGAGCCUUGGUAACUACGGCCACAGCUUCAUCCUGGCGUGGAUCGCCUUCGGUUUGACGUUCAUCUCCUCCAUCGUUUACUUUGUGCUACGCAAGAAGUAGCAUGGAACAAGUUGGACACUAGAUCAUACUCCACGUUUGUUUUGUUUUUUUCUCCUUUUUUG